UGCUACCUGAUGAAGAAGCCCAGCCGUGGUCACUGGCAGCUGGGGUAGCAUUUUGACCACAUCACUGGUUCAGAUCUGCUUUAUUAAAUAUGACAUCACAAAAUUACGAUGAACCUUGUGGUUUCUCAUUCAUGGAAGUGGUUGUAGUUGCUGGAUACCCCAAGGUGCUCCUACUUCAUGGCACAGGUGUGAGCUGUUACUUCUUCUGCAUCUACCCUCAGGCAAUAGAAACUCUGACAGGCGCGCUGUUUCAGCGACCACCCCUCAUUGCUGCUGUUAAACGACAACUGAGAGUCAGAACCAUCUAUGAGAGCAAGCUGGUCGAGUAUGAUCCUGAGAGAAGAUUAGGUAUCUUCUGGGUGAGCUGUGAAGCGGGCACAUAUAUCCGAACACUCUGCGUUCACCUUGGUUUGCUGCUUGGUGUGGGGGGCCAGAUGCAGGAACUCCGCAGAGUGCGCUCAGGCAUCCUGGGAGAGAAGGACAACAUGGUGACUAUGCAUGAUGUACUGGAUGCACAGUGGCAGUACGAUAACAACAAGGAUGACAACUACCUGCGAAGAGUUAUCCUGCCACUGGAGAAACUGCUGACUUCACACAAGCGGCUAGUCAUGAAAGACAGUGCGGUUAAUGCCAUUUGCUAUGGAGCCAAGAUUAUGCUGCCUGGUGUCCUGAGGUAUGAAGAUGGUAUUGAGCUUAAUCAGGAGAUUGUUGUCAUCACCACGAAAGGAGAAGCUAUCUGCCUAGGUAAGAAACUCUAUGUUCUUGUGCACAGCAAACUGCAGAAAUAACAGACUCUGUUGCAGUGAAUAUACAACAACUGA